AAGAAGACCACUUCCGUUUGACUUUCGGCUCCCGCCCCGCUCCGCCAUCAUGAAGUCCUGAACAAAAACGGAUGGCAGUCGAGCAAAAUGGGGAUAACGCGAAGUGGAGAUGAAAUCCACCGACGGCACUAACGCAAUGACAGCGCACAGCGGGUAGCGGAGCGGAGCCGUGGAUUUACAUGAAUCGUUUUCCCAUUGAAAACGUCCCAGGCAGCUCCCGGCGUUGCGUUAUUUAGUUAGCCGUGCUGCUAACAGCCGCCAGGGCUAGCCCCUGGUUUUCUUUGGAGGAGAGCUCUGCUGGUAGCUGGCUAUAGGUGAGCUGGCAGCCGUCACUCACCCAGCUGUCACUUCAACAGACUGCCACUUCGCUCAUGUCAAGCCGUACAGGCGUGCUAGCUGUCCAAUUGACUGGGAGCACCGGGAUGGCGUGGAGUUUAAGUGAAAGCAUCGGCCGACGGAAUGCGGCUUGUUCGUGUUGAGUAGACGCCAGUGCCGAGGAAAGGGGGGGUGCGACCAAUAUUUUCCAGCCAGGCCGGUUAGCUAGCUCCAGAGCUAGCUACAGUGGAUCCCAAAAGCCACGGCGCUGGCCAUGCCGUCGAGUGUGCGGGCCGGGAGCCUGAAGGACCCGGAGGUGGCUGAGCUGUUCUACAGGGAGGACCCCGAGAAGCUCUUCACAGACCUGAGGGAGAUCGGCCAUGGGAGCUUCGGAGCGGUCUACUUCGCCCAUGACAUCCGCACAAAUGAGGUGGUGGCCAUCAAGAAGAUGUCCUAUAGUGGCAAACAGUCCAAUGAGAAAUGGCAGGAUAUCAUCAAAGAAGUGAAGUUCCUCCAGAAACUGCGCCACCCCAACACUGUUGAGUACCGUGGCUGCUACCUGAGAGAGCACACAGCAUGGCUGGUGAUGGAGUACUGCUUGGGUUCGGCUUCCGACCUCUUAGAAGUCCACAAAAAACCCCUCCAGGAAGUGGAAAUAGCUGCCAUAACCCAUGGUGCAUUGCAGGGAUUGGUGUAUCUUCACUCUCACAACAUGAUUCACAGGGACGUGAAGGCAGGAAACAUCUUGCUAACGGAGCCGGGUCAGGUCAAGCUGGGAGACUUUGGCUCUGCCUCCAUAGUUGCUCCGGCCAACUCCUUCGUGGGAACACCUUACUGGAUGGCCCCCGAGGUGAUCCUAGCCAUGGACGAGGGUCAGUACGACGGGAAGGUGGAUGUGUGGUCACUUGGCAUUACCUGCAUAGAGCUGGCGGAAAGGAAGCCUCCUCUGUUCAACAUGAAUGCUAUGAGUGCCUUAUACCACAUCGCCCAGAAUGAGAGCCCUGUGCUGCAGUCUAAUCACUGGUCGGAUUAUUUCCGCAAUUUUGUGGACUCCUGUUUGCAGAAGAUCGCCCAGGACAGACCUACCUCUGAUGUGCUGCUCAAGCACCAUUUCCUAUGCAGAGAGCGUCCCGUGACCGUUGUGAUGGACCUGAUUGCACGCACCAAGGAUGCUGUCCGUGAGCUGGACAACCUUCAGUACCGGAAGAUGAAGAAAAUCCUCUUUCAUGAGGCGCACAACGGCCCUGCACCAGAAGGAGGCGACGAGGAAGAGGAUGUGGAGCAGUAUAUGCUGCGCACCGGCACAGUCAACAGCAUGGAGAGCUCGCACUCUCUGCCAUCCAUGUCGAUCAGCGCCAGCUCCCAGAGCAGCUCAGUCAACAGUCUGGCAGACGGCUCCGACGACAGCGGGGAGAUGGCCAUGAUGCAGGAGGGAGAGCACACCGUCACCUCCAACAGCUCCGUCCUGCACAAGCCCCUGAGCCAUGACAACAUCUACGAUGACCCCUAUCAGCCAGAGGUUGACUCACAGCGAGAAGCUUCGUCUUCAGGUGGUGGCGGCGGCGGAGGGGGUGGCGGAGGGGGCAGACGUAGACGCGGCCGAGACCAUUUUGCCACCAUCAGGACGGCCUCGCUGGUCACCCGUCAGAUCCAGGAACACGAGCAGGGCUCUGCCCUCCGAGAGCAGAUGUCUGGGUACAAGCGAAUGCGGCGACAGCACCAGAAGCAGCUGAUGGGCCUGGAGAACAAACUGAAGUCAGAGAUGGACGAGCACCAGCUGAGACUGGAUAAAGAGCUGGAGAACCAGAGGAACAGCUUCUCAAUGGAAGGAGAAAAACUCUCCAAGAAGCACCAGGCGAUACUGGAGAAGGAGACAAAGGCAGUUCUGACUGAGGAGAAGAAGUUCCAGCAGCACAUCCUGGCCCAGCAAAAGAAGGAGUUAACCAGUCUGCUGGAGUCUCAGAAGCGGCAGUAUCGGCAACGCAAGGAGCAGCUUAAAGAGGAGCUGAAUGAAAACCAGUCGACGCCAAAGCGAGAGAAGCAGGAGUGGUUGGUUCACCAGAAGGAGUGUCUGCAGCAGCAUCAGGCAGAGGAGGAGGCAGGCCUGCUGCGGAGGCAGAGGCAGUAUUAUGAGCUACAGUGUCGUCAGUAUAAGAGAAAAAUGCUGCUAGCGCGUCACAACCUGGAGCAGGACCUGCUCAGAGAGGAUCUGAACAAAAAGCAGACUCUGAAGGACCUGGAGUGCGCCAUGCUGCUGCGUCACCACGAGUCCACCCAGGAGCUGGAGUUCCGCCAGCUGAGCUUGGUGCAGCGCACGCGGGCCGAGCUGAUCCGCACUCAGCACCAGACGGAGCUCACCAACCAGAUGGAGUACAACAAGAGGCGCGAGCAAGAGCUGCGUUCGAAACAUGCCGUGGAGGUCCGCCAGCAGCCCAAAAGCCUCAAAGUGAGUGAGAGCGCCCAAAGCCAGGGGUCUCCCGAGGAGGGAGGAGGCCAGUCGACAGAGGGGCCGGGCGGCAGCUGGGACAGAGAGGCGGGAACGGUAGAAGCGAUGGAGGAGGAGGAGGACGACCGGGGUGGCGAGUUAGAGAAGGAGAUUUAUGAUGUUGAGGAUGAGCUCGAUGGAGCGGUGGUGGAAUUCAGAGACGGAGAUGUUUAUAGUGGAGAGGAGGUGGACGGGGUGAGCGCCCCCGUGGUUGAAAGUAAAGAUGAGGUGGCUGAGGAGAAUGGUAAACCAAAGGGAAAUGAUGAGGGAGAGGACGAAGAUGAGUGGAAAAUUGGUGAAGAGGGAACAGAAGAGAGGGAAGUGGAAGGAGUGCAGUGGGAGUACGAGGAGGAUGAUGGUAAAUCUGCGCAUGUAGACAGCGAUGAGGAUGAGGAUGAGGAUGAGGAAGAGGGCAGGGGGGUGGCGGACGGAUGUCCGUCAGAGCUCAUGUCCUCCAUGUCCCCAGAAAAGAGGCGGCUCCGCGAGCGACAGAUCGACGAGCUGUCGGAGUUCUACUUCCCCGACGCCCCCGAGGAGCUGGAGGCCGUACCUGCCCCCGCUCCUCCCGCCCCACCUCCCCCCCAGACGUGCUUCCCUUCGCUCUUCUCUCACGCUAUCUGCCUCCUCCUUUCCCUCUCCGCCGCCGCCCAGCCCUCCAACCUCACCCUGCUGCUCCUCUCCAUCUUCCUCCUCUCCCUCCGCCGCUCGCCGCCUCUGCCCUCCGUGGCCUCUGUCCUCCUCUCCGCUGAGCUCGCCUUCUUGGCGCUCUUCUUCUCGUAUCUCUUCCUCCGCUCCUGCUGCUCUCUGUCCCUCUCCACCUACCUGUCGCUGAGCCUGUGGGCCAACGGCCUCUUCAUUUUAGGGCUCUCCUUCAGCCUGGGGAUUUAUUACAUCCCCAUGAUUCUGAUCUCAGCCUCCUUCCUCAGCUCUCCCUCCCUCUUCCUUUCCCUGUACUUGGUGGUGGUGCUGAUUGUCAGGCCGGCCCGUGACUUCCUCCAGAACGCGCCGCGCAAAGUCAACCGCCUCUGCAUGCGGGUGCUUUUCCGCCUCCCUCGGCCCCUGUUCGCCAUGUGCCAGUCAAUCCUGGGUGGUAUGGCUGAGCGGAACCUUUAUGAGAUGUUUCCCAAAGCUGGCCGCAACUGGGGCGUGCGCCAGUCCAAAAUCCCCGUGCCCUUGAAGAGCUUGCCCUUAGAGUACCAGGCUCGCCGCAGUAGCCUCGCCUCUCCCCUGGCCUUAGGCUACCUCUGGGUGAAGCGUUUCGGUCGACGCCCCCUCGGGGUCCUGGCAGACCUGGCUAACUCCAUAGUGCUAAAACUAGCCAGGCGGGUCGUCAAAAAGCUGCCGCCCAGCGUCAGGAGCAGACUCCAGACUCUGGGCCUCUUAAAGAAGGAGAUCCCGAGCAGGUUGCCGCGACUGCUACCCAGAGAGAUCAGAGAGAGGAGGAUGAGGGAGAGGAGGAGAAGAGAGAGGGAGAGACAGAGGAGGGAGGAGAGGGUGAGGAUGUUUCGCGAGGAUACGAGGUGGGAGUGUGGGUUGAGGCGAACUUCGUCCGGAAGGUUUGUGAGGGGGAAAAUUCGGCCGUGGAGAUAGGAAGUUUAGAAAAAAACAAAUCAAAUGAAAGUGAGGAAAGGAGUGCGAGUGAAAUGGGAUCAACUAUCGUUUUGUCUUUUUGGUUUGGGUCCACACGUCUCUCAUGAUUCCCAAAAUGGUUUCUGGCCACAUUUCUCAAAGAGGAGCCGGAUGGUACCCGCGCACACAUACACGCGUACAUGUGUGCGCCGGCCGCCGAAGCUCAUCCAAAAACGCGUGCACCCGUGCACACAAGCCAUACUGUUAAAUCAGUGGGAACAAGCAGCUGCAGCCACAGCUGCUGCACCGAACCCAGUGAAGUUAGAACAUUUUAUUUUGCUUUUUGUAAAAGUUCCUGAAAGUAUCUUUAAUUUUAUUAUUUUGCUCUUAAUUUGUAAGACAAAUAUUCUAAUGGUUAUUUUUGAGACCGUUUUUGUGCAAUCUCGUUUCUCUUUAUAGUGCUUUUGUUUCGCAGGGUGCACUGUUUCCUCAGUGCUUAGAACAAAUAUUACAGUGUUACGUUGCCCCGUGGUUAGAAUUUCACUCCCCGAAGCUGAAUACUGUGAAGAAGGACACACAAUCAUUUCACUAAGAUCAUCCUGAACACUAGCUCUCAGUCAGUCAGUCUGUGUAAAAAAAAAAGUGCAAUAAACAGCUGAGUAGAAAUAUCUUGGACCAUUGAUUGAGGACUAAAACGUUUUUUUAAGUCUUUACUAGAUUUAAAAUAAUGAAAUAUGGGGCCAUUUAGCUGGAACAUGAAGCCUAUCCAGAUAAACUCGAGUAAGUGAAAGCCGCGGUUCAGUCCUGAAUGCUGUAAUUAAACAAACCGCAGGUGAAACCAUCAUCUUUCUUCUGAGCCUGCAGGGUUUUUUUGAGGACUACUACUGUAUAUUGUUAACCUUCUUAAUAAGAUUUCCAUGCCUUAGUUUAAUCCGUAUAUGUAUCUGACGCCUGUGACUUCCUCCUGAAAAUAGGGCAUUGUGAAUGAAAAGUUUAUUAAAGCAGAGAAACUUUCCAAGCGGCUAAAAGUCGUCGGACGCAUACGGACCCGGCUGUAAACCGGAUACUACAGAUUCUAAAAGGAAAUUAAUGAUGCAUUCAGUGUCCAGUGCUCCUUUUAAAGCCUAACGUUAGACGGUAUCCAGCUGCUGACUGUGACACGUGACUCUGUUGCUGCUAUGGUUCAGGACUUCACAAACGUGCUAGCUUCAACCCGACGGAAACCAGUGAACCAGCCCUGCUCACGUUUCUGAAUGUGAAGGAGCAGGGUUGUGUCUGACGGUGCAGCCGGUGUCCCUCUACUGUAGCUCACCACGCUGUCUCAGACCUGAUGAGAUUAAUAUUAGAAGGUUACACAUAAGUGGUCCUCAAAAAGAUUCUCUUAGACUAUUUGAUGGCUCCGCGUCUUUCACAUUCUAGUUGUUCUUUUAUUGCUCUUGACGCAAUAACCUUGUUAAGAUUUACCGUGUAAACAAGCUUCCCCUGACAAUCAAAAAGAAGAAGAGUGCCCAGUUCAACCGUUUGCACAAAUGUGAGGAGGCUGUUGUGAAGUGACAUUUCCUUCAUCUCUAGCAGAAACAUGAGAAACCAGAAUCUGCUAUGAAAGAAAAAGCUAUUUAAUAUCUCAGUGUGACUUAAUUUAUAUGAAGCCAUUUAGACAAUCACAUGAUAUAUCAUUUAAAAAAAAAAAAAUAAUGAUGAAACUACUGAAUGUGAAUGUUAAGACUGAGCAGCUCAAUUAUCAAAUGAAGAGGCUGAUAAAGUAACAUAAACAUAAAGAUUUGCACUGUCCAAAACACCAAUGAACAUGUUGAUUGAGGUCUAGCGUAGAGGAUUGUUAUCAUCGAUUUAUCAGAAACCAAAGAUGCUGUUUCAGUUUCAGGUGUACUUCAGUCAAACCUAAAAGAAACUAAAAGGUGCUGCUCGGUCCCCUAAACACCAAAGUGCUCCGAUGAGUUCAUGCAAUGAAACGAGUUCAGGUGAAAUCGUCCCGCUGUGCCGUGGAAACGCGCCAGGGAUCACAAACGAAAAGGAUUUAGGACUAAAGUGCCGCGUGUGUCGCGGGAAGGCCACGUUUGAGCCGUUUACAUGGAGGAAUAUCAGCGAGUGUUCAGACUCGGCCUUAACUGUAAAAUGACCCGUAAAAGUAGGGCACAUUUUGUUUUUAUAUAUAUAUAAAUCCAUAUAAUCUGCAUUUCGAAGUCUAGCUUUAAAAGAGAAGCUUCAAAACAAGCAUUGUUUUAUCUGAAUGUACUGUGUUUGCCAUUGAUUUGUGUUAUUCUCCUGUUUCCUGUGUAUGUUUACAUGUUUGCAUUCUGUUUUUCAGUUUUCCACAGAGUUAUAUCACUUUGAGUUGUUUUUAUAUAUCUAUUUAAUUUAUGCAGUGUUUAUUAGACUGCAUUGUGUCUGCAGACAUUUUGUCGUCCUUUUAUUCUCAUUUCAGCUGCAUGAGUGUUGGUGUACUGUACGGCUGUGUGCUCCCAGGCAUAGAGAAACAUUUUGUCAUUUUUCUUUACACAAAAAUAAAUUCUUUUGUGUUGAAUUCA